GCAACAAUCCUGAGCAAUGUGAACUCGGCGCUCGACUACCGAGUCUGGGUCCAACACCCUGGCGCGGGUUUGUUUCUCGCUCUAAGAGCUCCAUCUCGUUCUCGGCUUUAGAUUAAUCGUGCCCACCCAGCGCGCCGUGAGUGUUGUUGGAGGCAAAAUGGCGGCGGUGGUGGCCGGGGCCGCCCUGCUGGGCAAGGGGCUGGACAUCAGCCUGGCGGCGCUGCAGCGGCACGACCCCUACAUCAGCAGCAUCGUGGACGUGGCCAGCCAGGUGGCGCUCUACACCUUUGGGCACCGCGCCAACGAGUGGGAGAAAACUGAUGUGGAAGGAACACUCUUUGUUUACACAAGGUAUGUUGCAAUGCCUGCUCUAUCAUCUGUGUGCUGGGCUUGCUGUUGAUGUGACGAGCAGAAGAUCAGGCAGCUAGCAGACAUAGGGUUGCAGCUGUUAGGCUUGGGUAGUCGAACAGUGGGAAAGUGUAGACCAGUUCUGAUCCUUGGAUACUAUGACACCAAUGAUCUGAGGACAAGUUUAACAUUAGUAAG